AUGGGCUCCAUUCACACCAAAACCAUGAAAAAGGCAGCCUGGGUCACCACUGAGAAAUAUUACAUGUACCUAGACAAUGACUCCCACACCAACAACCAGGAGCUCUUCCACCGCAGCAAAAAUGCAAGGGGUAGCAGCCGGGCCUGGGGCGCCUCAGGUGGGGCGCCCCGCCCACUCGGCCCGGCUACCCUCCUCCCGGCCCGCCCCGGCCUCUCGGCCCCUCCCACUCGGCCGCCCGGUGGGGGUCCGCCUACCCGGCCCCCGGGCCCCGCACGCGUCACGGGGCCGCCCCACCCCCAGCGGGAUCCAUCUGCGUCUCCUCAGUUCCUCAGGGGUGGUGGCUGCGGGGACCGCUGCGCUACAAGUUUGGAAAUUUUGGCGGCGGAGGAGCGCGCCAGCAUUUGGAAGCCGAAGGCUGUGGCAGUAGCCGACCUUCGAGAGCCCUUCAUCCGCGGCCUAUCAUGGGCGCCCCGGCGCUCCCGCAGCCCAGAGUCGGGCGGCCACGAGACUCUACCGCGUCCACCAGCGUUCGCCCGCCGGACGGCUGCAGCCAUGUCACGGGGGCCGGAGGAGGUGAACCCGCUCACGGAGAGCACCUACCGGGUAAGCGAGCCCGGGACCUCGGGAUUUGAGGGCGGGAGGCCCGGGGACCGAGGGCGCGGCGCGGCUGGGGGUGCGGGGAGGCCCGAAACCCAUGGGCGGGGGUCGGAGUUUGGGGCUGCGGAAGCGGGGAGGCCGCACCGCGGCUCGCGGUCGUCGCCGGGGGAGGGUCGGGGCGAGUCGGAGACGCGCAGGUGUGGCCUCUGUGCCCGAGCUCUCCCCGAGCGCGAGCAGCGCCUAGUUCCUGCGUGCGGGGUCGGGGGCGAGCGCCGCGCCAGGGGCGCCUCUGGGGGGCUCCGCGGGCUGCGGGUCUCUGCUGUCACCCUCGGGGACCCUACCGCGUGCGGCGCUCCGAGCCCCUCGGCCUGGACACACCGACUGCUCCGCAAAGUCCCAAAUGUUAUGGAACAGUUCAAUCCUGGGCUACGAAAUUUAAUAAACCUAGGAAAAAAUUAUGAAAAAGCUGUUAAUGCUAUGAUCCUUGCGGGAAAAGCCUACUAUGAUGGAGUGGCCAAGAUUGGUGAGAUUUCCACCGGGUCCCCUGUGUCGACAGAGCUAGGCCAUGUUCUCAUAGAGAUUUUAAGUACCCACAAGAAACUCAAUGAGAGUCUUGAUGAAAAUUUUAAAAAAUUCCACAAAGAGAUUAUACAUGAGCUGGAGAAGAAGAUGGAACUUGAUGGAAAAUACAUGAAUAUGACACAACGUUUAACUUACAGGCAACUCUCAAAAGAUGCCAAACAGAAAUCUCAAGCUGAGUUGAAGAUCAGAAGGAAAAGUCAAGGACGAUGAAAUGCACUCAGAUACAAACACAGAGAAAUUGAGUAUAUAGAAACCAUUACAUCUCGCCAGAGCGAAAUCCAGAAAUUUAUUGCAGAUGGUUGCAAAGAAGCUCUACUUGAAGAGAAAAGGCGCUUCUGCUUUCUGGUCGACAAACACUGUAGCUUUGCAAAUCACUUACAUUAUUAUCAUUUACAGUCUGCAGAAUUACUCAAUUCCAAGCUGCCCUGGUGGCAGGAAACCUGUGGUGAUGCUGCCAAUGUGCCCGAGAAGAUCAUGAAUAUGAUUGAGGAAAUAAGGACCCCAAGUUCUGACCCCAUGUCCAGGAUGCCCCAGCCUUCACUGAUGAUUAAGAGAAGCAGCAUGAUUGGGAAAGAUUAUGACACACCUAAAUAUUCACCAAAGGUGCCCCCAGCUCCUUCAGCCAGAGCGUAUACUAGUCCUUGAUUGAUAGAUAUGCUUAAUAAUCCAGCAACACAUGGACAGAAUUCAGAAAGGAUAAAGAAUUCAACAGGAAGGAAACUUACUAUGGAAGGAGUUCACCUCAGCACCAGAAAAUCAGACCUGCCAUGCCCCUAGGCCCUAACCCCAGCCCUAGGUUGGACUUUGAGGCUUCUGUCCCCAGAGGCCUGGUAGCUGAGCUCUACACAUUGGGGAUAUCUGAAAAAUACCAGAGGACUCGCCUGGCACCCAGAAAGAAAUCUUGGCAUUUGGAACUGUGGAAAGGAUUCAGAGCAGGAGAAAUCUGCAUGCCCACAUGAGGCCACCCCCAAGUUUAUUGGCCCCCUGCACUUGAUCUAGAAGCCAGCCACUCACCCUGACCGAGGCCCUCAAUGCAGCCCCCAGGAAGUUGUUUGCCUCAGCUCUGGCUGACUUGGUCUGCCAUGUCCCUAGGUUCUCACCCUAACCCUCAAUUGGAUUUGAGGCUUCUGUCCCCAGAGGCCUGGCAGCCAAGUGCUACACAUUGGGGAUACCUAAAAAAAUGCCAUAGGACUCUGUCACCCAGAAGGAAACCCUGCCAUUUGGAUCUCCGGAAAGGAUUCAGAACAGGACAAAUGUGCAUUCCCACUUGAAUCCAUCCCACAUUCAGGGGUCCCUGGACACAACAGGGAGACUGACAAUCCCCUGACCCAUGUCCUAAUUCAGCCCCCUGGAAAGUUUGCUUCAAGGUGUGCGUAUAUAUCUCUGCUGUGCCUCUAGGCCCUAAACCUAAAAAUAGGUUUAGCCUUGAGUCUUCUGUCCCCAGAGGCCUGGCUUUCAAGCCUUAGGGAUUGUGGACACCUGAUCAAUACAAGAGGAC